CAUGCGUCGAUGAAAUAUUUUUCCCGACCCACAAUCCCGUUGUCCGGUGUCAAACUCGGCCCACCUGUCAAACCCGUCCGUCUGUCAAAAGAACGGAACGAAAAUCCAAAGCAAUCAUCAAAACCAAAACUUCCUGACGCGCGAUCACGGGGCUCCUGCGUUAGGAUGGGUAACUACGUGUCGCUGUAUCUGACCAACCCGAAGGGAACUCCGCUGCCGCUAACGGAACCGAGCUUCGACCCGAACCUGGGUUUCCCCCAUGGCCGCAAGGAACGGGUAAUGAUUGCCACCGAGGAGGAGAUGGAAGCAGCCAAGUUGCCCCUGGAGGCCCGUGAUUACUGUGCCCACAAGCUGAUCCAGUACCGUGCCUGCCGGUCCGACGUGUGGCCAUGGGCGUACAAAUGUGCCCACGAAAAGCACGAAUACCUCAACUGCGAAUACGAUGACUACAUUCUCCGGCUGAAAGAAUACGAACGCGAGAAGAGAUUGCUGCAGCGGAAGUUGAGACUUGAAAAGAAGCAGGCCCAGGAGCUGCAAGCUUAAUCCGGCGGGCCGGCACAACCGGUGCAUCUAAUUUCAGUCCAGCGAAACCUUUUCAGUUCCGGUGCGUCCCUUCUUUCCGGUACCGUACGCGCCCCACAAGGCAUCAGCAUGUGCAUACAACAGAGUUAAUAGAGAAGUACAUAAUUGAAACGGAAA